AUGCCCUCCGCAGGCUCGAAGACUCUGUCCCUUCGGGGGCUCUACAAUUUUCAAUGCCCGCGGCCCCAGGUACAAACGUAUAACAAGACACACCUUCCAUCAAUUCACGGCUUGAAGCCCUCGGUGUCUCACCGCCACAUUAGCCAUCAGCAACAGCCGCUAGCCUCAUGCUUCGUUCUUCCUUCGCAAAGUCGCCGGAAUUCUUCCCAGCUAGCUCGUGCGAUCGGGCCGCGCCCGGGUACUGCAGCAGAAACCUACGUUGCUUACGGAAUGACGCAAAAACUAUUCGAAGCCUGCUCCAAACAAGCAGACUACAAGAUACCUCAGUUGUCUCAGAAGGGGGCUCAGGUGCCCAAGACAAGUGCCGGGGAAGACUUGGGAGUAGGUGAAGGAUGGUGGUAUGAAGAAUUGGGCCUCGUUCCUACUUUCUCAACAUGGUCGCAGGUUACGUUCCUGCACAUGUACCUAUUGACGGUCCGGUUGCGCGCGUUGCCGUCGCAUGACAGCCUUCAAACCUACUCACGGCACUUAAUCGACCACUUCUCACAUAGUGCCGAACAUCGCAUGGAUGUGCUUCACGGAUUGACGAGCCGCGGUAUACGCAAUAAGUUUCUCAAGGAUCUUUUUAUCCAGUGGCGCGGUGUUUUGGCAGCCUACGACGAAGGUCUAAUCAAAGGAGAUGCAGUGCUGGGAGCUGCCGUUUGGAGAAACCUCUGGAAGGCGAGCCAUACUGCACCAGACGGUAAGGACUUGGAUUGGUCGAAGAUAGCUCAGGUCGUCGCGUAUAUGCGGCGAGUGCUCUCCGAACUCUCUCAGGUGCAUGAAGCGGAUUUGGUCUUCCAAUUGGACCGGCAAAGGAACGGGAAGCCGGGUAUUUUCUCUUAUUCCGAUGUCGAUCAAAAGAUGGUCGAUAGCAAGCGGUGA